CGACCAUCAUCGUCGUUCCUCGUCAGCGCUUUCGUUGUCUUUGUGCACGCCGUGUGAGACAAUUGUAAAGCCACAUCGCGUUCGUCAGCCAUCGCUCUUCCCCUUUCCCCCAUAUCCGCCACCACCACAGUAAAGUUAUCCGAACAACGAGCCAAUCCGCUCAUCCCUAUAGCCUGAGUUCAGGAUGGCUUCCUACUCCCAACCCUCAUACCAACAGCCGUACUACGGUACCCCGUAUCAGCAAGCUCCGCCGGCUCCUAUGAUGGGCGGCGGCUACUAUGGUGCACCGCAAGGAUAUCCUAUGCCCCAAGCGCCAGUGUACCAGAUGGAUGCAGCCUCGUUCCGCAGAGAAUUCACGACCAGGUUAGCGGAACUGAACGUCAACUCGCGCCCUCUUAUCCAGGGACUUUCGGCGCUCGCUCACGACCACGUACGCUAUGGAGAUAUUGCCGCGCAGUGUUUGGAGGCGCAUAUACGCAGGGUUCCGCCGUGGAUGAAGUUGCCCGCCUGGUACUUGCUAGACGCGAUCUCGAAGAACCUCUAUGAUCCUUAUGCUCGUCACUUUGCUGCCUUCGUCACCCCCCUCUUCCUCGAGUCAUAUGGUCAGGUCGACGAGGGGACUCGUAGCAAGAUGGUCGAGAUGCUCCUAACGUGGCGCACCGGCGCCCCAGGUGGUCAACAACUAUUCGGCGUUGCCAACCAAAUCGCCAUCGAGCGCGGCAUAUGGGGGGAUGGGAACACUCACACCAACGCGUCUGCGCCCGGUCCCAGUCGAUUGUCGAAGACGCAAGUCCUUAGCGAGCUAGAGUUUGCACUGGGUCAGAAGGAACGCGCACUGCAGUCGAACCCCUACGACACAACUUCGCAGACCCAUGUCGCCGUCUUGACGCAGUUGCGUAAACUAGUAGAAGCCGGCGUUUCUCAGGAUGAGUUGCAACAAAUUCUUACCCAGCUACGAGCCCUUGUUCGUCCGCCUACGGCCCCUCCUGCUCCCGCGCCUGUUCCUACACCACCCGUCCAUGUCCCAACGCCUCAACCUCAAUGGUCUGCACCGACCCCUCAACCUGCUGCGCCUACGUACAAUGCCCCAGGACCGUCCAACUACGCGCGCCAGGCCCAACCCCCUCCAUAUCCUCAACCCAUGCAAGAUGUCAAGCCGUCCAUCUCUGCACCUCCUGCUACCGGAGCUGCACCUCUGCCAGCAUUCGAUAUACACAACAUGCUAUCCAGUCUCGUCAAAGCCGGUAUAGUAACAGCGACAGCUACUCCCGUGAAUGGUCUGGGUGAUCAGCAACAAACGGAUGAGGGCAUGGAGAAAGAGGAAAGCCGCUCGUACCGCCGCACCAUCCUGCGGCAAAAGGUCAAGCUGAACAGCGCCGAGCUCAGCAGGACCAAGCCACCGGUAGUAGAUAUAUUGUAUGAUAAGCUGCCCGUUCAAUGCAAGCAGUGUGGGAGGCGCUUCGGCGAGAGCGCGCAGGGCAGAAAAGACUAUCAGUCGCACCUUGACAUGCACUUCCGCCAAAACCGCAAGGCGACCCAGGAUCUUGGGCGCGGUCACAGCAGGAGCUGGUUCGUCGACUUCGAGGACUGGGUGCACGAUGUUGCGGGCGAUGUGAAGGGGAAGCGGCGCGCGGAUGCGACGAAAGACGAGGCGGCGGAGGAGGAGGCGAAGCGCCAUGCGGAGCUGGCCGCGCAGUUUGUAGUGAUCCCGCCGGGUGAAGAGGCAUUGCCGAUGCCGUGUCCUAUAUGCAAGGAGCACUUGAAGUCGGAGUUCUUGGAAGACGAGGAGGAGUGGGUGUGGAGAAACGCGGUGCGGAAGGAGGACAAGCUCUACCACGCAACAUGCUAUGCUGAAGCGGCAUCGUCGAAGACGAAGUCGAGCUUGGUGUCCAGGCUGGUGAACGAGUCAAGGCGGUCAAGCACGCCAGAGCUCAGUGGGAAGAGGCGGACUCCUAGCCCGGUCCCGGACGCGAAGCCCGUUGCGGGUGUGAAGCGGAAGGUUGAGGAGGAAGAUGACAUGCACCUAUUGAGGGCACAGCUAGAGAACUCGCCGCCGUCGAAGAAGGUCGCGUUGGCUGCGUCAUAGUGCUCAUUCGCCUGAAGGCCGUCUGCUUCGUUGCGGGUCGUUUCUACGUCCGCGCUUCGUCUUCUAUAUGUUCGCGGCUCCUUUGCUUUAUAUCUGCGGUUCACUGUUUCGCGGAGGCUGGCUGUAUCGUCACGACAUUUCUCUAUUAUUCGUAUUAUUGCACAUCUAUAUACACGCAUAGACCGAAUGGAAUGUAGCAUUGCAUGCGGAACUCUGCUCUGUGUGUCGACGCG